AUGGUGAACAGUCUCUGGUUCAAAUGGAAGAGCCUCCGGCUACCCUGGCGGCGGUCUAUUCUUGUCGGCCAGGAUCUCGCCGGAAACACCUUCUGGGAGUUCAAAGACGUGGCAAAUGCCAACCGAUUCAGACGCAUCGUGAAAUUCGACCCUAAAACACACUAUGGAGAUGUCCAGGUCACACCGCAAUGGCAUCAAUGGCUCCGAUAUGUCCGCGAACACCCGCCGAGCAUUGAAGAGCAGCAGCAAGAUUUGAUCCGCCAGGCGCAGAUCAAGCAGCUCGCUCGACUCGCCGAUGAACGCUGGGCCAGCAAACCAUCCUUCCUGGAUAAACCCAAGACAGAACAGCCACCCCCGCCUAAAGAAACCAGCGAUUCUUCUAUAAACACGACCACCGAACCUCCCCAAAACGCCUCGCCAUUCGCUCGCCCGACCCCACAACCCCAGCCCGCCUCCGCGGAGUCGAAGACCACGAAAGAAGAAGAUCCAUGGGCUAAGGCCAACACCGGUAACCCGGGAGACAGCUGGCAGCCCGACUCCUGGACUCCUUCAUCGAAGAGGUGA